CAGACCCACCCAAAGUUCUGUUCUGUGUGUGGUCCUUGUAGCUAGCACAAGCAAAAUGUCUGGAAGAGCUGCUGUUCUCUUUCUUCUUGCUCUCUUGUACCUCAAAGCAGUAGAUGGACAGUCGUGCAGUCCUCAAGGAGCAUUGAGGCUAGUUAAUGGAGCUGGUAGCUAUGAAGGGAAUGUCCAAGUGUGCAAUCAAGGGGAAUGGGGCUAUGUCUGUGGCAACAGCUGGAGCAGUAAUGAUGCUAAAGUAGUCUGUCGUCAAUUGGGAUACUCUGUCUCAUACUACAGAUACUACGUAUAUCGACGUUCUUCAUACUAUGGCUAUGGUAGUGGAAGGAUUUGGUUGGACUAUGUGUAUUGCUCUGGCUCAGAAACAUCUCUCCUCAGCUGCAAUAGGGGAUACAGUCUUGGGACUUAUUACUGCAACUAUGGAGGACUAGCAGGAGUAUACUGUCACUAUGGCGGUGGUAGCUGCACCAAUGGUGCUCUACGUUUGAGCAAUUUCUAUACAAGCAGCUAUGGAAGGAGUGAGGGCAGAGUGGAGUACUGCAACAAUAACGUGUGGGGAACAGUUUGUGACGACUACUGGGGCUCACCUGACACUCGUGUAGCUUGCCGUCAAUUAGGAUUCUCAACAACUGGAGCCUCUUAUUAUUCUGCCUAUUACUUUGGAUAUGGAUACGGGAGUAUUUGGUUGGACAAUGUUCAAUGCUCUGGAUCAGAGAGUGCUCUUAGUCAAUGCAGCAAGAACUGUAUUGGAUGCCAUAACUGCGGCCAUUAUGAAGAUGUUGGGAUCAGGUGCUAUGCAUAUAAUACCACUUCUUGUGCUUCUGGCUCUGUCAAGUUGUACAGUGCAUUUAAUCAUCCCAGCAGUGAAGGAACCAUACUCUACUGUCUUAAUGGCCAGUGGACUGCAAUCUGUUAUUACAGUUACUACUAUGGAAGCUGUUACAUUGGAAGGACCGUCUGUAGACAGAUGGGCUAUGGUGGAGCAUUAGCUCUACGUACAAACUCUGGAUUCUACUAUGGCUAUUACUACAGGAAUGAUGCCUACUAUCGUCGUUGUUACAGCUCUUAUACCUCCCUCUCACAAUGUUCUGCUUACUCCUUUUCCAGCUGCGGCCAGUACAAUGAUGCACUGGGAGUUGUGUGUGCUGCAGGUAGCAGUGGGUCUUCAUGUACUUCUGGAUCUGUGAGACUUACUGGAAGCACCUCACCUGGUGAAGGACGCAUUGAGUACUGCUCGUCUGGUAAAUGGUCCCCAAUGUGUUCUCUUAGCACAGCAACUGCUUCACUUGUUUGCAAGAAACUCGGAUAUACAAACUACACCUGGGCUUCAAUAUAUAGUGAUGAGAGAUACGGUCGCAAUGGAACAGUUAGCAGUUUCAGCUACCUCUCUUGUAGCUCAUCUGCCAAUGAUCUUUCUGAUUGCACUGAAAUCACUCAAGGAAGUGGUUGCUUUGUAUCAACAGGAACUUGCUAUAGAGAAUAUGGAAUUAAAUGCUACACUCCUGGUGAAUGUACUGAUGGUCAAUCAAGACUGGCUAAUGGUACUUUGGAACAAGAAGGACGAGUUGAAGUUUGUGUUAACGGAGUUUGGGGCGGAGUCUGUCGGUAUGGGUUUUACAGCACUGAUGCCUUUGUAUUCUGUAACUCACUUGGUUAUGAUGGCCCAUAUCCUACCUAUUAUUAUAAUGGGUAUCUACAGUUUGGAUACAACACUGGCCCUAUUGUGUGGUCUUAUCUUAGCUGCCAAGGCUGGGAAAAGGACCUGUUUGCUUGUUCAAAGAGCACCUACACUCAGUUCUCUUGCACUGCUAAUAAUCUUGCUUCAGUUACCUGCAAAGAAGCAUGCACCAAUGGUGAUGUUAGGCUGGUUGGUGGUCCUUUUGAGAAUGAAGGAACAGUUGAAGUUUGUUAUAACAGGCUGUGGGGGCUUGUUGCUGACUCUGGUUGGACUGCUGCUGACUCAAGGGUUGUAUGCAAUCAAUUGGGCUACACUGGAGGAAUUGCUACUCCUGUUCACGGCUCGAAAUAUGGCAAGCCAAACAAGACUAUUCAAUUCAGGGAUGUCUCAUGUGUUGGGAAUGAGCUCAAUCUUGCCGAAUGCUCAAAAACAAUAUUAUAUCUUUAUUAUGGUAGACAAGCUCUUGCCGGUGCUACUGUAGCUGGUGUUGAUUGUAUCUAUGACGUACCUACCCCUCCACCUUGUGUUGCCAAACCAGUUCUUAGUCCUGGCUCAGCCUGUACUACAGGUACUGUGAGACUUGUUACAACCACUGGGUCUGUGUCCUCUGAUGCUGGCAGAGCUGAGUAUUGCUACAAUGGAAUGUGGACACCAUUUUGUAACAUGGACACUAAAGUAGGAUCUGUCAUCUGCAGGCAAAGUGGACAUUCAGUUUAUUCAUGGGCCAGUGUUGAUGUAACUGGAUCAGACUAUGUUUUCUUGUCAAAUUAUUCUCUGUUCAAUAAUAUCUCAUGCACUGGGUCCGAGACUAAUAUCAAUCAGUGUACAUUCAAUGACUCACCUAAUGACUGUACUCCAAACUGCCCCAGUAGUAACAUAGUUGUCAGAUGCUUUGAACCAACUUCUGUUAAUUGUAAUGAAGGAUCUGUCCGUCUUGUUGAUGGUAUUAUUGAAAAUGAAGGGCGUGUUGAGUUCUGUGUCAAUGGAGUCUGGGGCAGUGUCUGUACUGAUGGCUGGGAUAAAACUGAUGCUCAUAUAGUCUGUACUCAACUGGGUCAUCCUGAACUAGAGCCUAGACUGUUUACAAAUUCUUAUUUUGGUGAUGGAGACUAUCCUAUUAUUUAUUCCAAUCUUGGCUGUGGUGGAUGGGAGAGCAAUGUUAUUACAGAAUGCAAGAAGGACACUUAUGGCAACUUUACUUGCUCAAGAGACAACGUCGCUGGAGUCCUUUGCGGAUAUGCAUGCAAUGAUGGUGAUGUAAGGCUAGUUGGUGGUAACUCUCCUAAUGAAGGAACCAUUGAAGUCUGCUUUGAAAACUUGUGGGGUCUUGUUGCAGAACCAGGCUGGACACAAAGUGAUGCUGAAGUAGUUUGCAAACAACUGGGCUAUUCUGCUCAAGGGACUGUGAGUAGGACUGGGUCCUACUUUGGAAAACCUGCAAAGACAAUUUACAUAUCUGGUGCACAGUGCACUGGUACUGAGCAGUCACUCACUGAGUGUAUCUAUUCAACAUACUCACUUCAACAAGGGAAGGACCUUCUUGCAACUACUGAAGUGGCUGGUGUCACUUGUCCUUCCCUUGCAACUACCUGUCUACAGAACAGCAGCUCAAUGAUAAGUGGAACUUGUACUGACAAAGCAAUCAGGUUGAGUGGAUCCAACUCACAAAAUGGUGAAGGGAACCUCCAGUACUGCUAUCAAGGAAGUUGGACUUCUUUCUGUAGCCUUGGACCCAAUGAAGCUGUUAUUGCCUGCAGACAGUUAGGAUUUGACAGCUCAGAUAUUGUGUCUGUGUUUGAUGAUGGAAGAUAUGGGAGAAUGCUGAACAAUACUCAAGUGGCUACAUUCAAUUGCUCUGCUGGGAGGACAGAGCCAACCCUCACUGCAUGCCCCAUGGAUGAAACAUGUCAAAAUUGCCAGAACCCAGUUGGACUCAAGUGUUCUGUCCAAGUACCUACUAACACUUGUAAAGACAAUGAUCUUCGUCUAAUGAAUGGAGGAAUUGCACAAGAAGGACGCGUUGAGGUCUGUUACAACAAUGUAUGGGGCUCUAUUUGUGGAGAUGGCUUUGAUAAGAGUGAUGCAUAUGUGGUCUGUAGGGAACUAGGAUUUGGUGAUCAUGAGCCAUAUGCUUAUACCAACUCUUUCUUUGGAGCUGGAAGUGGGCCAGUCAUUUACUCUAAUUUAGGCUGCAGAGGAUACGAGAGCUCAAUUGACAACUGUGCUAAGUCAGCCUAUGGUACAUUCAGUUGCUCUCGUGGCAGUAUUGCUGGAGUUGUCUGCCAAGACUCUUGCAGUGAUGGUGAUGUCAAGCUAGUUGGAGGCACCCAGACAUCAGAAGGAACAGUUGAAAUAUGCUUCAAUAAUCUGUGGGGAUUGAUAUCAGAUUCUGAUAAUAGCUGGGAUGACAAUGCUGCUACUGCAGUCUGUAACCAACUGGGAUACACUAGUGGAGCAAACCCUAAAGCAGUCCAUGAUUCAGAAUAUGGUAAACCUAACAAGACUGUACAUGUCUCAAGGACAUCUUGCACUGGAAAUGAAGUUAAGCUUCAGAACUGUACUCUCAAUCGUAUCCCCCCAGAUGAGGGAAGGGAUCUCUACCAAUAUGUCAAAGUUGCUGGUGUGAAUUGCUAUGGUGCUGACAGUGUGACUAGCAAUACUGGUGGUUUAUCUAGUUCAGCAUCUACUGCAGGAAUAACUGUUCUUGCAAUCAUACUAGCAGCAGUUGUACUGGUCAUCAUCAUCCUCAUAGUUGUUAUAUUCUUCCAGUCAAAGAGGAAUAAAGCUGGUCGAUUUGAGAGGAGGAUUGAUGGAUUUGGAGACCCUCAUACUACUGCAAUGGGAUAUCAUGAUUCUAAGAGUUUAGCUGAUUCCAGGAGUGUUGCUGAAACUAUUCCUGAAGAUUUGUAUGAUAGAGUUCCCAACUCUGGAUUUGAUUGCAUCUUCUAUCCAUGUAAGGCAUCUCUGAAUAUCAUUGAGGAGUUGUUUUUCAGACCCACCCAAAGUUCUGUUCUGUGUGUGGUCCUUGUAGCUAGCACAAGCAAAAUGUCUGGAAGAGCUGCUGUUCUCUUUCUUCUUGCUCUCUUGUACCUCAAAGCAGUAGAUGGACAGUCAUGCAGUCCUCAAGGAGCAGUGAGGCUAGUUAAUGGAGCUGGUAGUUAUGAAGGGAAUGUCCAAGUGUGCAAUCAAGGGGAAUGGGGCUAUGUCUGUGGCAACAGCUGGAGCACUAAUGAUGCUAAAGUAGUCUGUCGUCAACUGGGAUACUCUGUAUCAAAUUCUCAGCAUUACAAAGCUCGUAACAAUUACUAUGGGUUUGGUAAUGGAACUAUAUGGCUGGACUAUGUAUACUGUGACAGCUCAGAGUCAAACCUCCUCAGUUGUUCAAGAGCUUACCCUAUUGGUACAUAUUACUGCUCAUACACUUAUAUGGCUGGAGUUUAUUGCCAUCAGCCUGGUAGUUGCACUACAGGGGCUGUACGUCUAAGCUCCUUCAAUUACAGUCCAAGAAGUGAAGGUAGAGUUGAGUACUGCUACAACAAUCAGUGGGGAACAGUCUGUGAUGACUACUGGGGUAGUCCUGAUACUCGUGUUGUUUGCCGCCAGUUAGGAUUCUCAGAUUCUGUAUAUAACACACGUACUUAUGCUUACUUCUACUAUGGUUAUGGGAUUGGUAGCAUAUGGCUUGAUGAUGUUCAGUGCUCUGGAACAGAGUCCUCUCUUUCUCAAUGCUCUAAAAGGGUCAAUUCUCAUAACUGUAAUCACUAUGAAGACAUUGCAGUCCGCUGCUAUGGUAGAGAUACAAGUAGCUGUACCAAUAAUGAUGUUCGUCUAUGGAGUGCAUAUGGACAUACUGAUCAGGGUAUCAUGCAAGUUUGUGUCAGUAACUCUUGGAGGUCUGUCUGUGAUUCCUACUACUCUUGUUACGUUGCUAAAGUCUUUUGCCAGCAGCUAGGCUAUGCAGGAGCAGUUGGUCUAAGGGGCAAUGCUGGAUACAUGUAUGGAUAUUAUUACGACAACUAUGCAUUCAGAUACUACUGCUUCAGCAGCCAUACUUCACUGUCUCAAUGCUAUCGCUACUCCUACAGUACAUGCAGUAGCUACACUAGAGCAUUGGGAGUAGCUUGUGUUGGUGGAUCAUCAGGAAGUGAAUGUACUAAUGGUUCUGUUCGUUUAACUGGUGUUGGAGCUACAGCAAACUCAGGGAGAGUUGAAUACUGCUAUCAAGGGACUUGGUCACCAUUCUGUUCACUUUCUUCUAGCACUGCUAACCUCCUAUGCAAGGCAUUGGGCUAUACAAAAUUCAGCUGGGGAACUGUUUAUAAUGAUGAGAGAUUCAAUCGCAGUGAUGCUAAAAGUCUUUUCAAUUAUAUGUACUGCAGUACUGGAGCCACACAACUUAGUGACUGCACUAUCUACACUAAAGGAGGAGGCUGUUACCUAUCAACAUCAACCUGUUACAGGGAAUAUGGUCUUCGCUGCUACAAUCCUGGUGAUUGUACUGAUGGUCAAGUGAGACUUGCUAAUGGUACUAUACAGCAAGAAGGACGCAUUGAGGUCUGUAUCAAUGGCGUAUGGAGCUCAGUCUGUCAAUAUGGAUUCAACACUAUUGAUGGCUAUGUAUUCUGCUCACAACUGGGCUAUGAUGGAGCUAGCCCUUCCAUUUAUUAUAAUUCUGUUUUUGGUCCUGGAAAUGGUCCAAUCGGUUGGAGUUAUAUUUACUGUCAAGGAUGGGAGACCUCAAUACAUGACUGUUCCAAAUCAGUCUACCCUAGCUUCACUUGCUACCCACAAUACACCAUUGGAGUAACAUGCAAAGAAAAUUGUGACAAUGGUGAUGUUCGUCUUCUUGGUGGUGGAUUUGACAAUGAAGGAACAGUUGAAGUUUGCUAUAAUAACAUUUGGGGAGUUGUUUCUGAUAACGGUUGGACUGAUGCUGAUGCCAGAGUUGUAUGCAAUCAACUUGGAUACACUGUUGGAAUGGCAACUCCUCUAUUGAACUCUUACUAUGGCAAACCAAACAAGACAGUUCAUUUCAGAGAUGUGUCUUGUACUGGAAAUGAGCUCAAUCUUGCUGAAUGCUCCAAGACAGUUCUAUCACUGAGUAAUGGCAAACUAGCACUAGCUGGUACUGAAGUAGCUGGUGUUGAUUGUAUCUAUGAUGUACCUACUCCUCCACCUUGUGUUCCAAAGGAUGGACCCACUUCAGGUAAUGAAUGUACUGCAGGUUCUGUGAGACUUGUUACAUCAACUGGGUCUGUGUCCUCUGAUGCUGGCAGAGCUGAGUAUUGCUACAAUGGAUUGUGGACACCUUUUUGUAACAUGGACACUAAAGUAGGAUCUGUCAUCUGCAGGCAAAAUGGACACACUGCUUAUUCCUGGGCAAGUGUUGAUGUGACAGAAACAGACUAUGUUUUCUUGUCAAACUAUUCUCUCUUCAGCAACAUAUCUUGCACUGGAUCUGAGACUAACAUAAUUUACUGUCAAUUGAAUGAGUCACCUGAUGACUGCACUCCAAACUGUCCUUAUAACAACAUUGUAGUCAGAUGCUUUGGUAAUGCUGGUACAUCAUGUACUGAAGGAUCUGUCCGUCUUAUUGAUGGUCUUGUUCCCAAUGAAGGACGUGUUGAGGUUUGUGUCAAUAGUGUUUGGGGCAGUGUCUGUACUGAUGGCUGGGACACAACUGAUGCUCAUAUAGUCUGUACACAACUGGGUCAUCCUGAGCUCCAGCCUAGACUGUUCACAAAUUCUUAUUUUGGUGAUGGAGACUAUCCUAUUGUUUAUUCCAAUCUUGGCUGUGGUGGAUGGGAGAAUGCUCUCAGUGCUUGCAACAAAGAUAACUACAAUGAUUUCUUCUCAUGCACAAGAGAUAAUGUUGCUGGACUUUUGUGCGGAGCAAAUUGUGCUGAUGGUGAUGUGAAGCUGGUUGGUGGCUAUGGAGCCUACGAAGGAAGUGUCCAGUUCUGCUUUGAAAAUAUUUGGGGUCUUGUGGCUCAAUCUGGCUGGAAUUUAGCUGAUGCUCAAGUGAUCUGUAGACAACUUGGUUAUGAGACAGCAGGUACCCAGUUCUUCACUGGUCUAGAGUAUGGAAAGGAUGCUAGUACUAUCCUCCUAUCUGAUGUUGAUUGCUCAGGGACAGAAGGCUCACUUGCAGACUGCACAUACUCUUCAAUGUCACUACCAGCAGGAAAGGCAGCACUUCAGGCAGCAACUGGUGUAGCUGGUGUAAGGUGCUAUCAUCCUGACAACUGUGUGACACCAGUUACUGGUGGAUCGGAUUGUAUUGAUGGACAGUUACGUCUGAGUGGUGACAAUGCACAGAAUGGCGAAGGAAACCUAGAGUAUUGCUACAUGGGGACCUGGUCCUCAUUCUGCUCACUGGGAGCCAAUGAGGCCACUGUUGCCUGCAGGCAGCUUGGAUUCACUGUCACUGAAUUGGUGUCUGUUUUUGAUGAUGGAAGAUAUGGCGGCUCAAUUUCAAAUGUGAGCCAGUUCCAGAACUUUACCUGCAGCAGUCAGAGGACAGAGUUUAGCUUAACUGAAUGUGCUUUGGUUGAUGAUUGUCAGUCAAAAUGUCAAAAUGCAAUUGGAAUCAGAUGUUCUACUCCCAGUGAUUGUAUGGACGGUGAUGUUCGCCUUGUGAAUGGAAGCAUUGCACAGGAAGGACGUGUUGAGGUCUGUUAUAACAAUAUAUGGGGCCCUCUGUGUGGAGAUGGCUUCGAUCAGAGUGACGCAUUCGUAGUGUGUAGGGAACUAGGACUAGGAAGCCAUGAGCCAACUGCAUACACUAACUCUUACUUUGGAUCUGGAACUGGUCCAGUCCUUUAUUCCAAGCUUGGCUGCAGAGGAUACGAGUCCACAAUAGUUGACUGCUCCAAGUCAACCUAUGGUGAUUUUAGCUGCACUCGUGGUAAUAUUGCUGGAGUUACCUGCCAGGACUCUUGUUCUGAUGGUGAUGUACAGCUAGUUGGAGGCAGCAGCAACUCUGAAGGAACUGUUGAGAUCUGCUAUUACAAUUUCUGGGGACUAGUUGGAGACUCUGGCUGGAGCAAUAAUGCUGCGAAUGUUGUUUGUCGCCAGUUAGGAUUCACUAGAGGUGGUAUGGCAAAGACGAACUCUUUCUACGGGAAACCCAACAAGACGGCACAAGUUACCACUGCCAUUUGCUCAGGAUCUGAAUCCACACUCGAUGACUGUGACAUUGAGCGUGUUCCAGCUGAGAAUGGUAGAGAUGUUGCUGCAGCAAUACAGGCAGCUGGUGUCAUGUGCACGACAUCUACUGUUGAUAAUCCUAGUGGUUCCACUGGUGGACUCUCUGGUAAUGGAGGAGCUGUUGGAAUUAGUGUUGUUGCUGUGUUCUUGGUUGUAGCAAUCAUAGUAGUGAUUGUCCUCAUUGCUAUCAUAGUACUCCAGCGAAAGAGUGGCGAUAAGAACAUUGCUACAGGACCUGGCGUAAGGAUGUCUGGAUUGGAAGAGAGGGGAGUACAAAAUCCUCUUGCUAUGGAUGAGGAGGAACCUGAUUUUGCCACGUCUGACAACGAAAUGAUAAUUGAAGCAAUGGGAAAAGAAUAAGAACUUUUUUAUUACAUAAAACAUGCACAAGAACACAUAAGCUUAACCUAUACUGUUAAUAUAAGCUGCAUUGUAUAAGCCUAAUCUUUUCCUUGUUAGAUUAUGCAUUUAAUAAUUAAUUUUUUUGCUGCUUUUUGCAUAAGAGUGUUGCUUUACUAUUUGAGAUGUUUUAUAGUUUGUAUUGUUUUUUAUUAUUACAAUAAAAACUGCA